GCUGCAAUCGGCGUGAUGUAAUUGAAACCAAUUAUCGUUACAAAAAAUUGUACUAUUAUCUAAUUCACUACUGCAAACAAAUGAUUAACAUUUGGUAUCCGAUUUAACCUUUAACUACUCUUUGAUGACUUCCAUUAUUUCUCUUACACGACGUGCCAAAUCAUCUACUUGACUAAUUUUCAAACUUUAGAUAUUUAUAAACGCAUAUCUAUCCAUAUAUAUAUAUUACAUUGCCACACAUAGUGAUCUUGUUUGAUUUUAAUGGCUUCCUUUUCCCAUUUCUUGAUCCCAAUUUUUCCCUUAGCUUUGUUCCUCAUCUUCCUUUACAAAUGGCAAAGUUGCAAUAAUCAACAAGCCAAGAAAAGGCUACCGCCAUCUCCGAAAAAACUCCCCGUGAUCGGAAAUCUCCACCAAGUGGGCCCAUCCCCUCACAGAUCACUCCAAUCUCUCUCUACAAAACACGGCCCGCUCAUGCUUCUCCGUUUCGGCCGUGUACCGGUCCUUGUCGUCUCGUCGGCCGAUGCAGCACGUGAGAUAAUGAAGAACCAGGACUCAAUCUUCUCAAACCGUCCCAAAUUAGCAAUUCCGAAUAGAAUAUUCUACGGCUCGAAGGAUGUGGUGUUCGCUCCUUACGGAGAUUACUGGAGGAAGAUGAGGGGCAUAUGCGUCAAUCAACUUAUGAGCCCGAAGAGGGUUCAGUCUUUUCGCAGCGUGAGGGAACAAGAAACUUGUCUCAUGGUUGAGAAUAUCGGUCGACUAUCGGAUUCUAAUUCGGUUGUAAACUUGAGCGAUAUGUUGGCUUUGCUAGCGAAUGAUGUGCUUUGUCGGGUGGCGUUAGGGAGAAAAUAUAGCAAUAGUGACAAGGGCAAAGAGUUUAAGAAUAUGUUGACCGAAGAAGUUGAGAUGUUGGGUACGUUUUGCGUCGGGGAUUAUAUUCCUUGGUUGGCGUGGAUCGAUCGGGUGAGUGGUUUAAAUGGUAAAGUGGAGAAAUUGGCUAAGUGGUUCGACCGAUUCUUGGAGAGUGUACUUGAGGAGCAUAGAUCUAUCGAUGUUGGAGGGACGAGUAAAGAUUUUGUGGACAUAUUGCUCGAAAUUCAGCAAGAAAACGAAAAAGACGGAAUAUCGACGAUUGGAGAUGAUGCUAUCAAGGCUAUCCUACUUAACAUGUUUGCCGAUGGAACCGACACAACAUAUUCUGUGAUGGAGUGGACGAUGGCCGAACUUCUAAAACAUCCAAAUACAAUGGAAAAAUUGCAAAAGGAAGUGAGAGAAGCAGCCGGAAACAAAGAAGAGAUAACAGAGGAUGAUUUAGAGAAACUACACUAUCUCAAAGCAGUGUUCAAAGAGUCUCUAAGACUACAUGUACCGGUUCCAUUGCUCGUCACUCGCGAGUCAACUCAAGACACAAAAGUGAUGGGCUACGAUGUUACAGCUGGCACACAAGUCAUAGUCAACGCUUGGUCGAUUGGAAGAGAUCCAUUGUUGUGGAAAAAUCCAGAAGAUUUCAACCCCGAAAGAUUUCUUGAUAACAACAUAGAUUUCAGGGGUAUGCAUUUUGAGUUGAUUCCAUUUGGGGCGGGUCGGAGAGGCUGCCCGGGUAUUGCUUAUGCAACCGUACUUAAUGAGCUUGCAAUAGCAAAAUUGGUGCACAAAUUCAACUUUGAUUUGCCCGAUCAGGCGAAGAAGAAUGAUUUGGAUGUGUCUGAAUCCGCUGGAAUAACUGCCCAUCUGAAAUUUCCUUUGCUUGUAGUCGCGACACAUUAUACUUGAUAGUUUUGUUAGAAUUGGAGAAUCUUAGGGUCCAUGGAAAUAAAAUCCUUAUCUGGUUCACUAAUAGUUAUCGUUUGAUAUUUACAACGCAUUUUGUUUCCUUCGAAGAUCCAUGAAGCAUGUUUUAUUAUCAUUUCGUACUUUAUGGAUCUUUGAAGGAACAUUUAUUAACAACCUAACAAUACAAUUAUUAAUAAUGGUAUUUGAGACAAUCUAUAUCUAUAUUUAUACU